CAAAGAGGGGCGGGGAGAGGCGGGGGCGCUGCAUGCAACGCGCUGGCUCCAGCGGUGCCCGCGGGGAAUGUGACAUCAGCGGCGCCGGGCGCUUGCGGCUGGAGAAGGCAGCUCGCCUCGGCUGCGCGGUGCACACCUCGCCCGGGGGAGGACGCGGACUCCGGCAGGCGGCCGGGAUGUCGGCGAAGGAGAGGCCAAAGGGCAAAGUGAUCAAGGACAGCGUGACCCUCUUGCCCUGCUUCUAUUUCGUGGAGUUGCCUAUAUUGGCAUCAUCGGUGGUUAGCCUGUAUUUCCUUGAACUCACAGAUGUCUUCAAACCUGUGCACUCUGGAUUUAGCUGCUAUGAUCGGAGUCUUAGCAUGCCAUAUAUUGAACCAACCCAAGAAGCAAUUCCAUUCCUCAUGUUGCUUAGCUUGGCUUUUGCCGGACCUGCAAUUACGAUUAUGGUAGGGGAAGGAAUUCUCUACUGUUGCCUGUCCAAAAGAAGAAAUGGGGUUGGACUGGAGCCCAACAUUAAUGCUGGAGGCUGCAACUUCAACUCCUUCCUUAGAAGAGCCGUCAGAUUUGUUGGCGUUCAUGUGUUUGGACUGUGCUCUACAGCUCUCAUUACAGAUAUCAUACAGCUCUCCACAGGCUAUCAGGCGCCAUACUUUCUAACCGUGUGCAAGCCAAACUACACCUCCCUGAAUGUGUCUUGCAAAGAAAAUUCCUACAUUGUGGAAGAUAUUUGCUCAGGAUCUGACCUUACAGUGAUCAACAGUGGCAGAAAAUCAUUCCCUUCUCAACAUGCGACCCUCGCUGCCUUUGCUGCUGUGUACGUUUCGAUGUACUUCAAUUCCACAUUAACGGAUUCCUCUAAGCUUCUGAAACCUCUCUUGGUCUUCACGUUUAUCAUCUGUGGGAUCAUCUGUGGGCUAACACGGAUAACUCAGUAUAAGAACCACCCAGUUGAUGUCUAUUGUGGCUUUUUAAUAGGAGGAGGAAUUGCUCUGUACUUGGGCCUGUAUGCUGUGGGAAAUUUUCUGCCUAGUGAAGAGAGUAUGUUUCAGCACAGAGAAGCCCUCAGGUCUCUGACAGACCUCAACCAAGACCCCAGCAGAGUAUUAUCUGCUAAAAAUGGCAGCAGCAGUGAUGGAAUUGCUCACACAGAAGGCAUCCUCAACCGAAAUCACAGAGAUGCCAGCUCACUGACAAACCUCAAAAGGGCAAACGCUGAUGUAGAAAUCAUCACUCCACGGAGUCCCAUGGGGAAGGAGAACAUGGUUACCUUUAGCAAUACCCUACCUAGAGCCAACACCCCAUCCGUAGAAGACCCUGUCAGACGAAAUGCCACCAUUCAUGCCUCUAUGGAUUCUGCUCGAUCAAAGCAGCUUCUCACCCAGUGGAAGAAUAAGAAUGAAAGCCGUAAGUUGUCCCUGCAAGUUAUAGAGACUGAGCCUGGACAGUCACCACCCAGAUCCAUAGAAAUGAGGUCAAGCUCAGAGCCCUCCAGAGUAGGGGUGAAUGGAGACCACCAUCCUCCCAGCAAUCAGUACCUCAAGAUCCAGCCUGGCACUGUCCCCGGAUGUAACAAUAGCAUGCCUGGAGGACCAAGAGUGUCCAUCCAGUCCCGCCCUGGGUCCUCGCAGUUAGUGCACAUCCCCGAGGAGACGCAGGAAAACAUAAGCACCUCUCCCAAAAGCAGCUCUGCUCGGGCCAAGUGGUUGAAAGCUGCAGAGAAGACCGUGGCCUGUAAUAGAAGCAACAGCCAGCCCCGAAUAAUGCAAGUAAUAGCAAUGUCCAAGCAGCAGGGUGUCCUGCAAAGCAGCCCCAAGAACACCGAAGGCAGCACUGUCUCCUGCACUGGCUCCAUCCGCUACAAAACCUUGACAGACCACGAACCCAGUGGGAUCGUAAGAGUUGAGGCUCACCCGGAGAACAACAGGCCCAUCAUACAGAUCCCAUCUACCGAAGGCGAAGGUAGCGGCUCCUGGAAAUGGAAAGCCCCUGAAAAGGGCAGCCUUCGCCAAACUUACGAGCUCAACGAUCUCAACAGGGACUCAGAAAGCUGUGAGUCCCUGAAAGACAGUUUUGGCUCUGGAGAUCGCAAGAGAAGCAACAUAGAUAACAAUGAGCAUCACCACCAUGGAAUCACCACUAUCCGUGUCACCCCAGUAGAGGGCAGCGAAAUUGGUUCAGAGACGCUGUCUGUUUCUUCUUCCCGCGACUCUACCCUGCGGAGAAAGGGCAACAUCAUCUUAAUCCCUGAAAGAAGUAACAGCCCGGAAAACACUAGAAAUAUCUUCUACAAGGGAACCUCCCCAACACGGGCUUAUAAGGAUUGAGUGAUGGGAUUCAAUCCCUUGAGCGAACCCCCCAGAAGACCAUGUCUUGAUUCUCCCUCUGUGCUCUGUUUUCAGUGGAUUGGGAAGCCUUCUCAUCAAACUGGGUCAUCUUACCAUCAGCCCGGAGCUCAAUGACUCUUGAGAACUACUACAUGCAAAGCUUGUAGAUUUCACAUCAAGGGGAGGGAAAAGCACAAUGCAAGAACCUAAUUAAUAUGAUAAGGUGAAGAAUCUUAAGACCUAUCUUCAAACUCAAAAGGUUUGCAGAAGGCAGUAUCAGAAGAAAGUGGUUUCCUUCAGUGUAUACUAUUUUACUUCCUGAAUGUGCCAACUUUAGGGAUUUUUCUUUAUAAUUAGCUGUGGGAAUCCAGAACACGGUUCCCUACAGCAGAGGCCAUGCAGUAUUAUAUAUUCAUUUUGCAGAAUCUGCGCCUACAGCCCAGUAAGGGUGGUGCUGAUUAUUAUAGUACACAUACCAUGUAAACUCUCAAAUUCUAUUUAGCUGUGAAAUAGUGGCGUGCAAUUCCUUGUCAAAGAAAUGCUACUGUAUUAAGAAGAUGCUGGCUGCUUUGUGUUAGAAUAGGACACCCCGCAGCUUCUCUGUAGUGGCUCUGUCACAGUCAAAAAAUGAAAAAGUUUUGUGCAUUUCCUCAAAAUUAUGCUUUCUUCAACAACAAAAAAUGUGUAGGAAUAUUUUCAGUGAAAGGGAAUAACUAGUACUUUUCUACAUAGUUUUUUUUUCUUGCUGCUUACUUUUUAUUUAAGUGUAGGUACUACUAAUGAUUCUGUUUUUUAGUGAGUAAAUUUGCAUAACUUAAAAAAUACAUUGUUUUAGAGUUUUUCAAAAUUGUUGUGAUCAUAUUUUGCAUUUUAUGGCUCCUCCCUUAUUUAUUAAUUAUUUUUUUGAUGUCAUAGAUAUGUUUUUCUAUUUUUAAAGCAAGAAUAACAGUUGACAUUCCUUGAGCAAAAUAUACUGCUGUGAAUUUAUAAACAAGAAAUCUGAACCAACACUUGACAUUGUGGGUUACAUUGCCAGCAAUGUUGGUUGAGUCUACCCUUAGACAUCUCCAACCAGCUGGCUUAGGUUGCUAUCUUAAUCAGUAAUCCAAAAACUCUGUUUUGUUCCAGAUUAGUAAUUUUUUGUAUUCUAAUAACCAGUAAAUCAGAGCAACAGUAGUUAGGUUUUACCUUCUUCCCUAAGAUAUUUUUGUCAAUUGGACAUCAACAGGAAGAAUCUGGGGAAAAAAAUGCAAAUUGAUAAGUGAAAGUAUCUCACAAUAUAAAUUAAGAAUGUAUUUCUUCAAAAUAUCUAAAUAGACACAGUUUUUGUGCUUAAUAUGCAAACAACAAUUUUGCUACCUAUCCUGAAUAAAGCCUUCAGCCUAAAUCAAAGGAAACAAAUAUUAUCAAUAAGAAGAUAAAACCAAAACAUUUGGAGGUGUUUUCCAACUUAAAAAUUUAACUGUGGAGAAAUAUUUGGUUCUUGGAAUUUAGUAUCAAACCUUUUUUACACCAUUUCUUAAGAAUUCUAAUAUACACUUGAUGAUUGCCAAGGGAUAAAAGGUAACAACAAAGCUGGUUGAUCUGAUCUGUUUUCAGUGAGAACAGAAGGAAGGGGUUGUUAAGAGAUAAAGACUAUCACAUCAUUAUCAACUUCUACAGGAAAA